GCUGGAUUUUUAAAAGCUGUUUGUACAAACUAGACUAUACUAACUUCACAACAGGAAGAACCGCACACUUUGAAGAGCGCUGUGCAGUUAAAAGAGCCGUGUUUGAGCACAUGUGUAAACCGUAGCUUCUGGGUUUUGCUAAUAUCCCCUGUCAGUCCGAAGCGCUGCUCUGAGGAGUCACGAACUGUUGGGAGGGGCUCGAUAGAAUCAGCCAAUCAGCUCCGACGCCAGGCCUGCCUUUAAGCGAACGGCCGGGGCGUCGAAUUCAAACCCCGCCCCCUCAACAGAAGCACCGCCCCCUCGGCCCUCUCUGCUCGGUAUAUGUUGGAGGGGAGCGAGCGGCGGACUGUUCUGGCUCGGCAGAGAGACGGAGGGACACGAGCAGCGCCUCAAAACACACAGCUCAGCUCUAGUGGGAGACCACAUCUGGAAUUACUUUUUAAGAUCUCCGUCUCUCGGACCCCCAUCACUAAAAAGCAGUCGUGGCAAACUAAGAAUUUAAAGGAAAAGAAAAGCUGCGCGCCAGGAUCCUGGUUGGUCCUCCAAUGAAAGAUCAACUGCAGCUCACCAGUCCAGAAGUAGCAAUGUCGGCCACCAUCCUGUCCGCCUUCUACGAGAUCGACAUGCUCUACAAGGCGCAAGAGAAGAAUCUCAACAUGAACGCGCUUCACUUUAACAGCAUGCUGGACAAGAAGGCGGUGGGCGCCCCAGUGUCCAGCUCGGUCAGCGGCAACAGCUGCUCGUUCGCUCCGGGAUAUUUCCGCCGCAACUCGGCCGGCAGCGCGGACUCGCCAAACAACGGCAACAAGUACUCGGCGUGCUCGUACAAGGACAACAGCUGCAGCAGCGCCGCCACCACCGCCAUGCUGAACAAGGAGAACAGCAGCAGGUACCGCGAGCGCGCCUUCAGCGAGGGCGGGGAGCGCGCGCAGGCGCAGCAGCCGCAGCAGGCGCAACAGAAGGCGGCGUCGCAGAUCAACUCGACCCGCUACAAGACGGAGCUGUGCCGGCCCUUCGAGGAGAACGGCGCGUGCAAGUACGGCGAGAAGUGCCAGUUCGCGCACGGCUACCACGAGCUGCGCAGCCUCACGCGCCACCCCAAGUACAAGACGGAGCCGUGCCGCACCUUCCACACCAUCGGCUUCUGCCCGUACGGCCCGCGGUGCCACUUCAUCCACAACGCGGACGAGCGCAGGCCGGCGCCGGCCAGCAGCGCGACCGAGGCUAAAUGCUCCUCCUCCAGCGGCUACGGUGCUCGCGACGCGCCUCCCGUCGGUGUGUCCGCCUUCCGGGACAGACCCAAACUGCACCACAGCCUCAGCUUCUCGGGCUUCUCCACGCCGCACGGUCUGGAUUCGCCGCUCCUGGACACAAGCCCCACGUCCCGCACGCCCCCGCCCCCUUCGUCCGGCCUCUACGAGGACGCGCUGGCGCAGGGCGCCUUCCCCUUCGCCACCGGCCAAGAGAUAAAGGCCCUGCUGGCUCCUCUGGCCGUGCACACGGCCGCCGCCAACUACGCCUCGUACUACGGCAGCUUCCAGCCCCCCAUGGGCGGACCCCCCUCGCCUCCUUACAACCUGAGCCACCUGCAGGCGCUGCAGCGCCUGUCGGAGUCGCCGGUGUUCGACUCCCCGCCCAGCCCGCCGGACUCCAUCUCCGACCGGGACAGCUUCGCCAGCGGCUCGCUCAGCUCCUCCGGAAGCCUCAGCGGCUCCGAGUCGCCCAGUCUGGACGCUGGGCGACGUUUGCCAAUCUUCAGCAGGCUGUCGAUUUCUGAUGAUUAAACGUUUUGAGGGUUGUUGUUGUUUUUUUGGGCUUUUUUCUACAAAAUGUGGGAUUUUCUUGCUUUCUUUAACGGACUGGAGGAGCUGAGAUUCCAGCAGCAGCAGGCAGCAGUGUCUCCUCCAUGACGUACGAGAGUUUAACAGACUUCAGCAUCCAGGGAGAUGGAUUGUCACACCCUUGACAUGGCAUUAGUUUUUGUUUGUUUUUGUUUUUCUUUCUUUCUCGUUUCUGCUUGAACUGAUAGCUAUGAAAGUAGAUAUCAACAGAAGGCAUUCCAUCGGUGACUCAGAGCUGCGUUGUGGCAGCCGUGUGCUUAGAAGACCGUCACUUUUCCGCAGACACGUUUUUUGCUCGUGCACAAAGACUUCUCUUCCUUUGAACGUGAAAGACAGAGCGGUUUCAGAUUUUCCUCCAUCCUACCAAGAAUAUGCCUUGACGAGUAUCAGUUUGCAAAGUAGCUCCAUGUAUGCGCUUCUGAAAGCUUAAAAACAACAAAAAACUUUCCAUUCCAAAAGUUUAACCAGUUUCACAGCGCCACCCAGUGGUUCGGUUGGUUAGUGUAGUUUGUUGCUUAGUUAAAGCACUCUUGUUCGGUUUGUUGGGAAAUCACUGCUGAUGGUUGAAUAUAUAUUUUUUUAGCUGUUUUGAGUGAUCACAUAGCAGUACAUAACUGGCUAUGAACUAUUUAACUUAUUUAUUAUCUUUGUGAAAAAAGUAUAGGCUACAUUUUGGUAAUUGUCCAUACUGUAUUUAUCAAGUAUGUUGAAGCAAUAGAUCUAUAUUCUUUUAUUAUGUUUAAAUUAUGAUCGCCAUUAUUAAUCUACAUAAGUGGAGUGUAUGUUCUUUUCACAGUAAUAUAUUUUUUUUGUUUGGUCUCCUUUUGUAACUUCACUUCGUUAUUUUAUUGUAAAUGAGUAAAAAAAAAAUCUUAAUUUAAGAGAUUGUAUGUGAUAUUUAUUUCAUAAAAUUUGUUUCCUUGUUUACGUUCAUUAAAAAAAAACAAUGAGUGAUUGCCGUUUGUCAAUGUUGCUUGUGGAAGACCUUUUUUUCUGGGGAGAACCCCUAGAUGUGUCCCUUUUUUCUUUUUUUUAAAGAAUGUAUAAACUGUGUGGUUGUUAAGACCGUCCAAACCAUUAGUAGGUGUGG